AUGCAUCCUUGGAUUUCAAAAAUUCAUUUUUAUUAUCGAUCACUUUUAUCAGCUCAAAUACUUUCUCUUACUAUAGGAUUUUUUUGUAUAACAUAUUUAAUUUUAUCAAAUUUUUCUCAAUUAUCUAUCGAAAAUAUAAGUCCUAAAACAUGGAUUCAAUCUGUAUUAACAAAUAAUACAAAUACAAUUGCAUUAAAUAUUACAAAACAAGAUAUUAAUUCUUUAGUUGAUAUUGAAAAUAAAAGUUUUAUUUGUGAUCGUAUGAGAAAAAAUGAUGGAACUCGAGAAGUAAACGUUAGUUCAGAAUUAGAUGAUCAUCUUAUAAAUAUUCUUCGUCCAUAUUGUGAAGUUGUGCCUAUUCUUCGUAACAAUUGGAUUCCUGCUAAACGCUAUAUUGAAAGUGAUAUUGUUUUUAUUAUAUAUACAAGUGCAUCUUUUUAUCAUACACGUGCAACAGCAGUUCGAGAUACAUGGUUAUCACGUGUAACUCAUAAAUAUUUUUUUAGUCAAACACCAUAUCCAUCAUUACCCGUGACUGUUAUUGAAGGUGUUGGCGAAACUUAUUCAUCAAAUAUUAAAAAAAUCUAUUAUGGAAUGCAAAUAGCAUAUAAAAAUCAUAAUAAAACAGCUAAAUUUUAUUUUCUAGCUGGAUGUGAUACAUUUGUUAAUGUUCCACAUUUAUUAAAACAUCUUGAAUCAUUUAAUUAUAAACAACCUAUAAUUAUCGGUGGAUAUCCUAAUAAACAUGUAUGUUAUGUUAAAAGAAAUGCAACAAAUGAUAUUAUUUCUUAUCCAUCGGGUGGUGCAGGUUUUCUUCUAAGUUCUCAUACAAUGAAUUUGAUGAUACCUAAAUUAAAUUCUUAUUUUGAAAAUGAUUGGCCAUUGACAGAUGAUAAAGCACAUGCCGAUGCUGCUCUGACUUGUCUUGCUCAUUCUAUGGGUAUAAAUUCAACAUUUGUUCCUGGAUUUUGGAAAUUUAAUCCUGAAAAAACACUUACAGAUAUUGGAAAAGAAAAAUUCUAUACUAAUCCAGAACCAAAUACAUUUCAUUAUAUACAUCCAUUAUUUAUGUAUGUUCUAGAUGAAUUUUAUAUUCAUCAAUUACUUGAUCGAUUAGGAAAUGAUAAAAAUUUUGAUGAACUUAUGAAAUUUACUCGACAAUUUGUUCUUAUUCAUUAUGAAUUAUUACGUAUUAAAAAACGUGAAUGUACAUUACCUGAAGUAGAAAGAAUUAAAGAAUAA